AUGGUCUACACCGUGCAAUAUUUGGCUGUCGUUGCGGCUGUACUCCCUAGUGCAGUAUUGGCUCAGAACAACCAGUCUUAUGCCAAUUACUCCUCCCAAUCCCAACCGGAUCUCUACCCCCAGACUCUGGCAACUCUGAACCUCUCCUUCCCGGACUGCAUCAAUGGACCACUCAAAGACAACAUCGUAUGCAAUACAUCGGUGAACUAUGUCGAGCGAGCCGAAGGGUUGAUUUCGCUCUUCACCCUCGAAGAAUUGAUCAACAACACCCAGAACAGUGCCCCUGGAGUUCCUCGACUGGGUCUACCACCAUAUCAAGUAUGGAGUGAAGGCUUACAUGGACUUGACCGAGCCAACUGGGCAAAGUCCGGCGAGGAAUGGAAAUGGGCAACAUCGUUCCCAAUGCCGAUACUGUCUAUGGCUGCUCUCAACCGCACACUUAUCAAUCAGAUCGCUAGUAUUAUUGCUACCCAGGCUCGCGCAUUCAAUAACGUUGGUCGUUACGGACUUGAUGCUUAUGCGCCAAACAUCAAUGGCUUUCGUAGUCCGCUUUGGGGUCGUGGUCAAGAGACUCCUGGUGAAGAUGCGGGUUUCCUUUCCUCUUCCUACGCAUACGAAUACAUCACCGGCUUGCAGGGCGGGGUUGAUCCUGAGCACCUCAAGAUCGUAGCAACUGCAAAACAUUUCGCUGGAUACGACCUUGAAAACUGGAACAAUAAUUCCCGCCUAGGUUUUGAUGCCAGCAUCACUCAACAGGAUUUGGCUGAAUACUAUACUCCUCAAUUUUUGGCAGCUUCUCGUUAUGCCAAGGCGCGCAGUUUUAUGUGCUCGUACAAUUCUGUCAAUGGAGUUCCUAGCUGCUCUAGUAGCUUCCUUUUGCAAACUUUGCUAAGAGAGAACUGGGAUUUCCCCGACUACGGCUACGUUUCGUCAGACUGUGAUGCUGCUUAUAACGUUUUCAACCCUCACGGUUACGCUAUUAACAUAUCUGCUGCUGCUGCAGAUUCUUUGAGAGCUGGAACUGAUAUUGACUGUGGCCAAACUUAUCCUUGGUAUCUGAAUCAAUCUUUUAUUGAAGGUUCCGUCACUCGGGGUGAGAUUGAGCGUUCCCUGAUUCGAUUGUAUUCCAAUCUUGUCAAGCUUGGUUACUUUGACGGAAACCAGAGCGAGUACCGACAGCUAGGCUGGAAUGAUGUUGUAGCCACUGAUGCUUGGAACAUCUCCUACGAGGCAGCUGUUGAGGGUAUAGUGCUGCUCAAGAAUGACGGAGUAUUGCCGCUCUCCGAAAAAUUGAAGAGUGUCGCUGUUAUUGGGCCUUGGGCAAACGCAACUCAACAGUUGCAAGGCAAUUACUUCGGGCCUGCACCAUAUCUGAUCACCCCCUUGCAAGCUGCUAGAGACGCUGGAUAUAAGGUCAACUAUGCAUUCGGUACCAAUAUAUUGGGUAACACGACGGAUGGGUUUGCAGCAGCCUUGAGCGCCGCGAAAAAGUCAGACGUUAUCAUUUAUCUUGGUGGAAUCGACAACACCAUCGAAGCUGAAGGUACCGAUCGUAUGAAUGUCACUUGGCCUGGAAAUCAACUUGAUCUCAUUCAACAACUCAGUCAGACUGGAAAGCCGCUGGUUGUGUUGCAAAUGGGUGGUGGCCAGGUCGAUUCUUCAUCACUCAAGAGCAACAACAACGUUAAUGCUCUUGUCUGGGGUGGAUAUCCCGGUCAAUCUGGUGGCAAGGCCAUUUUCGAUAUCCUGUCAGGCAAGCGUGCCCCAGCGGGUCGUCUUGUGACCACACAAUACCCUGCAGAGUAUGCAACUCAGUUCCCCGCCACAGACAUGAAUCUCAGACCGGAUGGUAAGUCCAAUCCUGGUCAGACGUACAUCUGGUAUACAGGCAAGCCUGUGUAUGAAUUCGGCUAUGCUUUGUUCUAUACCACCUUCAAGGAAACCGCAGAGAAGCUGGCUUCAUCAUCCUUCGACAUCUCUGAUAUCAUCGCCUCACCCCGUUCAUCGAGUUAUGCAUACAGCGAGCUUGUGCCAUUCGUCAAUGUGACUGCAACAAUCAAGAAUACAGGCAAGACCGCAUCUCCGUAUACAGCCAUGCUGUUCGCGAAUACCACCAAUGCCGGUCCAACUCCUUAUCCCAAUAAAUGGCUUGUCGGGUAUGAUAGGUUACCAAGCAUCGAACCCGGGAAGUCAACGGAGCUUGUCAUUCCUGUGCCUAUUGGUGCAAUUUCUCGUGUGGAUGAGAACGGUAAUAGAAUUGUAUAUCCUGGUGAUUAUCAGUUGGCGUUGAAUGUGGACCGUUCGGUUGUGUGGGAUAUCAAGUUGACUGGUAAUGCGGUGACGAUUGAGAAUUGGCCGUUGGAUGAGCAGGAGAUUAAGCCUGAUCACAAGUAA